AGUAUAUAUGGGCGCUUUGGGAGAUUCGGUUGGGGCAUAAAUCGAGCGGAAAAGUUGUUCGUUUCAACAUUUUGAUUGACGUGUUUUCGAAAAUAUUCGUGAUUCUCUUGUGUGAAUUUGAGCUAUAUUAGCAUGGUGUCGACAACGGAACCAUUCAACGUUCCUUGAACGAAAACAUGCAAAAUCUUUCGUUGUUCACCGAAAACCAUGAUUGGGGUCCUAAACGAGAUCCCUUAUUUACCGUGAUCCCCAUCACCAUCAUUUACGUCAUCAUUUUCUUAGUCGGUAUACUAGGAAACAUCAGUACCUGUAUCGUUAUUUAUGGAAAUAAAUGUAUGCAUACUGCAACCAAUUAUUAUCUGUUCAGUUUAGCUAUCAGCGAUUUGGUAUUACUAAUAUCUGGUCUGCCUCAGGAGAUAUACUUCAUUUGGUCGAAAUAUCCUUAUAUAUUUGGCGAAUAUUUUUGUAUGCUGCAGGGGUUUAUAUCGGAAACUUCAGCUAACGCAACUGUCUUAACUAUAACAGCUUUUACUGUCGAACGUUACGUAGCUAUAUGCCAUCCGUUUCUUUCACACACCCAUUCGAAAUUAACACGAGCAAUUAAAUACAUUUUCUUAACAUGGUUCAUUGCGAUGUUUCUGGCUGUACCACAAGUACUAGCCAUGGGAAUAGUUUGUGAGAAAAUAGAAGGAUUUCCGCCCGAAGAAUUCUGCGUGUGUACUGUAAAAACACAAAUCAUUCCGCACGCGUUCGAAAUUUCCUUCUUCGUCUUUUUCGUCGGUCCCAUGUCACUAUUAACAGUCUUGUACAUUUUGAUUGCGAUGCAGCUCCGCAUGUCCAACGUAAACGCUUCUAGAGGUGAUAGCGUUAAAAUGAAUCACUGUUAUCGUUAUCGUUCGCCUGUCGUAGGCUACGUAACUCAAACAGCUCAAGUCGUAGUUAUCAACAAAAACGGCACCGGCGGUAUACAAGCCAUCCAAGUGGAAGAUGAGGGUAGGAGAAACUUUGGUAAUAAUUACCAAUCAACUAAACAUGUCAUCAAAAUGUUGGUUGCUGUGGUUGCUGCUUUCUUCAUAUGUUGGGCGCCAUUCCACGCCCAACGUUUGUUAGCAAUUUAUGGAGCUGGUGCAAGAUCUUCGGAAGACGUAGUAACAACUUUCCAAGUUUUAACGUACAUCAGUGGUAUUUUUUAUUACUUAUCAACAACAAUCAAUCCGUUACUUUACCACAUUAUGUCCAACAAAUUUCGAAUGGCUUUCAAGAGAACGUAUCAACAAAUUUUCCAAAAAAGCGAAAGCGAAAAAAUACCAGGAUGUAAAGGAUAUUCGACGUUAUCUAUUCCUCCUCUUUCGAAUAGCGAUUCUUGUAGUGGGUCUCUACGUUUUCUUGAAGAUUCGUUGGCGGGGCGUUUAUGCGACCACAAUCUACGCCCAUUGGUUAUUUCGUAUAAAAAACAUCAUAAAAUACCGAAAAAUCAUAGCAUCGAGUUAUUUAAUACAAUCACGAAUGAAUCAUCGAUGGUGGAGAGACGACUAUCGGAAUUUUCUCAAAUUUUAUUAAGAGAACAACAAGAACAAUUACAUAACGAAAAAGUUACGAAUAUCAAAAACUCUUUCUCUAGUCCUACCAUCUUGAGCAAAUUCAUCACGAAAACAACUGCUAAAGAAAAUAACGUUUCAGAAAAUACGGUUACAAACGAUGAAAAUUCCGUUAAAUCGAUUUCAAGCUGCCCUAAUGCAAGACAAUCGCCCAAAAACUGUCGUUCCAAUGAAGCUGAAAAUUUAACGCCUACACAUCAUUGUCCGAGUAGUACAAUAACGGCUUUUAUUAAAAAUAGGAAUAAACAGCGUAAAAUGUCGGUGUAAAAAAACUGGCUUUGUAUUUAUCAUUGAUAUAAUUGUACAUUUUAUUUUUGAUAAAACGUACAAAUAAAUUUGUAUAGCUUGAUUAAAAUAAUAUUCAUAUCUUCAGAAUUGUACAUCCCUGAGAAGGAUUACAGUUGCCCGCAUAGUAAAGGAUGCUAAUAAAAAUAAAUACAAAGAAAAAUAAUAAUAAAGUCGCAGCGACAAAAAGCACGUUUCUUUUUAAUGCUUGUCGGUGUGCUCUUUACCAAUUUUUAAGUCUUAAAUGUUCAGAAAUGUCUAAAUUAUUAGUAACAUUACAAAAUAGUAUCAAAGAAUAAUACAUUUUUUAUUAAAUCCUUUAUGCUUUAUAAUAAAAAACUAAAAUGUCAUUUUUGUCUAAUAUCAUGUGAAACGUUUAAGUUAGUCCGCCUCUGCUUUUUGUUUACAUUACCAAAGAUGCUAAGUGAUUAAAAUUUAUUGUUUAAAUUAAAAUCCCCCUAAAUUGCUAUAAUUUACACAAAAAUAUGUAAUACCUACCUCCAAACUUUUUAUUAACCCUGUAUUUGUCUUGUACAAUAAUAAGAUGAAAUAGUCGUGUUAAGAAUUAUAGGCUCAAAUGAUUUAACUAUAAAUAAAAGUAAUUUUUAUUCCUAAAUUCAAAAUAAUAUGUGCACAACAAAAGAUAAAAAUUGUUAUUUUUUUAAGUUCAUUUAAGUGAAGAUAAAACUGAUUUUCUUCUUUCAAGUACCUUAUAUUUAGAGAAACAAUAUUAAGUUGGCAUCACCGCUCUCUCAAUUUUUUAUGCUUAUCGUAACACUACUAUCCUGGCAACCCAGCAUACGCAUUCCGUUUGAAUUACAUAUAAAAGAAUUGAAAUUUUGUUAGUAUUAUUCAAUACCAAAAUAAAAAACUGAUUGGAUGUUGUUUAUAAAUUAGUUACAGUUACUUAAUUACCGUUUUUCGGCUCAUAUUUUUCAAUGAUUUCACUGUUUGAAUUGUUGUAAGAAUUGUGGCCUACGCAUAAGGAGCAGUUUAGACAUUUGAUUAAUAAGUGUAGUUUGAGACAACUAUCAUUCCAUAGAACGAUAAAUUGAACGUAGCUAUAUACAGUGUGAUCCGUUAUCCACACCUCACCGUUGUUUGCUUAAAGAAACUUUUUGUGUACUUACUCCUUAAUAAUUAAUAUGUUUUCGAAAGAUAAUUUUCACUAGAAAUUUUCUAGCAUAAGGAGGAGGUACAUGAAUUAUUAAUUCUCAGCUUUUGGUAUUCUUCUAUAAGUGAAGAGUGAAUUAUAAUAAGCGCUGUUCAUGAAAGUAGUCGAGAGUAGUAACAAAAACACAGGAUGUUGAAUCAUAAUUUUAUUUUUUUCCAUCAUCUCAUGAAUUAUACCACAUGUAGUUGUACGAAAUUGAAUCUCGUACUCUGAAAUUGGAGAGGUUAAGCAAAGUCCGGAGAGAACGUUGCCAAAUCGCUUUUUCAGUCUCAUUCUUUUUCUUGCGCAACUCGUUCACAAAUUUACAUUUUCAAUACUGCUCUUUUCUAUUGACCAAUAUUAUCAUAAGGUACGAGCACAGUGGUUUAGCUUUUUAAUUUUGUUGCUAUUAUCAUAAGGUACCAGCACAGUGGUUCUGUUUUUUGAAGACUGACAUUUUCUCCGAUAUUUCAUGAAUUUGUUGUGCCUCUUUUGAUGUGUGACAACAUAGUACAUUGUGCCUCAAUGCUGUGUAUUAGAUACAGGGGCGGAUCUAUAUACUUAAGGGCCUCUUGUACAUCAACCGAAGGCCCCGUCACAACAAAACGUCGUUUACCUAUAUUAAAAGAAGUAGACAAUAUUGUUAAAGUAAAUUAAAACCUGGAAUGCCGACUGAUAAUGAAAGAAAUAAUCACAAAAUAACAAUUAAUAAAAAUAUUUAAUCAUACAGACAGCUUCAGUCAAAGUGAAAUGUCAAUUUAUUUACGAGAGAUGAAUCUUUUGAAGUCCUAAUUAUAAACAGUGUGAUUAAGAAUAAAACGUUGCAUCACUUGCUUAUUUUAUAUUGAAUACAUAAAAUGCUGUCUAAAACACAAUACUUAAUUAAUCUUGAUUGUUGAUGUUUUCAAAUUUUAUUAAAUAUGCUUAGGUGUAGUGUUUUAAACUGUCCAUCGAUAUAUUACGGCAAAGUGUUUUUCAAAACUUUUAUAUACGUUAAUGAUAUCAAAAUUUUUAAAUUCCUAAAUUUAAAGAAGUUACCAAAAACCUUUCAACGGAAAUAGACUAAUAUUUCUCGCAAGAACUUCUGUAAGGUAUCACGAUGGACAAGUUCUGAAUGAUAUUAAAGACUUAACAAUUCCAAAGAUAGUCAAUUUGAUUUUUUUUUGAAAUUAUUAUGUCAAAUAACGAUUAUUUGUUGUGGUUUUCUUUUUGUGAUUAUUGAUAUUGUUGAAUACUUUGUAUUUUUUUAAAUAAAAAUUGUUGAUGGUU